AUGAUUUCCCCCUGCGACCCGGCCAUCUUAACCAAUAACCCCCAAUUCAAAGCCCUACACCAGCAACUAACAACAACAAUAUUGAAUCCCGAUGGCUCCACGCGAGCACAUGCGGCGGAUCCGUCGCGGAGAGCGGUGCAGGCUGAUCUUAAGAAAUAUUUGAUCAGAGCUGUGAAGACAAGAAUUCUGCGGAGGGUUGUUGCGCGGGUUGCUGUGGAGGAGUCGAACGGGGGCUUGGAUGAUGAGCUCCGAAACCUUGUCUCCGUCAUCGUGCUCUACAUCCAACAUACCUCCUCCAGCUUCAAAAACAGUGCCAACAACGAUGAACUCCACUCUCUAUUUUCCCCCGACCUGAAGCGCUUCCACUCCGCCAUCCCCUCCCUCAUCCCCUCUAUCUCCAGCCUUCUCUCCGCAGACCUAUCCCAUCUCAAAUCCUUCGCAAGCACAAUCUCCACCUCCACCUCCAACUCCGACAACCACAACAGCAACAGCAGUGACAGACAACCCGCCCACCAACCAACCAACCAACCACGCCCGCGCAAUCGCCUUCGUCCGCUCUCCCUCAAACCUUCGCCAGCAGACAUCUCCCUCCCAUCUCAACUAUCCAACCGCCUCCGCACCCUGCGCACCAUUCAAUCGCACGAUCUCCCGACAGCCCGGACAAAAUUGACAGUCACGGCUGCGGCGGUGCUGGCUGCGCACGCCCAGGUGAUGGAGCGGAUGAUACAUAUUCUUGAGCGGACGAAACAUGGCGCGUUGGCGCGGGGCGGGAAGGCAAGGGCUGAGCAUGUGGCGGUGGUGUUGCAGGGGAUUGAGGGGAAGGUUUGUAUCAUGAGACAUGAGAUGCUUUCAGCGAUCUACACGCCGGAAACCACGGCUGCGUUGGCGCGUUAUCGCGAUCAUCUGGAUGAUACGCGUUUACGACUGGAGGAGAGGAGGAAGCAGGCUGUGCUGAAGCUGGAGGCCUAUGAGCGGGCCGAUUCUGGUGAGGGUGCUGGUGCAGAUGGCGACGGUGGUUCAGAAAAGCCAGGGGCUAUGGUGGAGAUUGCAAGGAGGUAUGGAGCUUUGGUUAAGGAGGUUGAUGGUCUGUUCUUGGCGAAGUUUUUCCUGCCAACCCAACCUCAAAAGUCCAAAAAUCACAUUGCAUAUCGCAAACCCAACCAAACUCCGUGCACACAAACCUACGUACCAUAUAUUGCCGUUCUAGUGCAUACCAGAAUCAUGGCAGACACCGAAGCCCUCUCAAUCUACGAUGAAAUCGAGAUCGAAGACAUGACCUACGACCCAACCCUCCAAAUCUACCACUACCCGUGUCCCUGUGGCGAUCGGUUCGAGAUCGGUAUUGCAGACCUGCGAGAUGGGGAGGAGAUUGCCGUGUGUCCCAGUUGCAGUUUGAUGGUUAGGGUUAUUUUUGAUUUGGAUGAUCUGCCAAAAGACAACGACGGUACGGGUUCUGGUGCUGUCGCGGCGGCUACGAUCACUGCGAAGGCGUAG